AUGGGUGUUUGCGCUGAUGGUUACGGAACAUGUUGCCUCAUGCUCCCUUCUUCAGGAACGUGCGUCCAGGACCAGUUUGUGAUUUCGGGACAGAAUGCCAACCAAGUAAUACCAAUUCUCUGCGGAAUUAAUACUGGCCAACACAUAUACAUAGAAGUUGGUGACGCACUAGGACCUAUACGUUUGACAAUUCAAACAGUUGCAGCAGAAAGUCGAUUGUUUGCAAUAAAGGUAACACAACUAAAGAACUCAGACAUCUUAGCCGCGCCAACAGGAUGCCUACAAUAUUUUAAUAAACCGUACGGCUACAUAGAAUCGUUCAAUUACAGGAACAUUACAGAUGUCGCAAACAUAUUUAACCCCACUUAUUUCAACAAUUUAAAUUACGCGAUUUGCAUCAAGCGUGAGAAAUCAUCGUGUAGCGUCACGUAUACGAAUGAAGAUCCUAUGCAAAUAGUUAAUUAUGACAACGAUGGUCUGCCGUUAAUUCCACCUCGUCAAGCCGGUGUUGAGAUAUUUAACUGUCCAAGCGACUGGUUGCUAAUAUCCGCUGUGAGGCUCUGUGGGGAACGCCUAAACGAUGGUUCAAUUGUACAAGAUUUUUAUUUAGAUGCCCCAGUCACAGAUAUCAGUGCCGGACCUAUAGUGGUUUGGUUCAGGUCUGACGAGGGCUACGUUGGACGAGGGUUCAAGUUACACUAUCAACAGAAUACUUGCGCAAUAUCAAAGAAAUGAAGUUUUAAAUAUUAAAAAUAAUAAUUUUUUCACAUAAAUAUUUUAAUGGCAG